AUGUGUAUGCUUGUUACUCUUGUCAGUUCACUUUCUCAAUUCCAGUGUCCUUUUGCUGCAACCACUAUACCGAAAAGUCCUAAACCAACUAGUGCCUCUGAUGAAGAAACUAUUGAUAGAUCCCAAUCUUACUUGAUGGAGGGAAUGCAUUUUCUCAGCGAGGUAUCUUCCCGUACCAAGGCACAAACUGAACUUCUUACAAGUCACCAACUUAAGUUUGAAGAGGGUCUUCAAGCUUUGAAACCGCUUCACAAGAUUAAUGACAAAACAGAGGGAGAAGCAAAGGAGCUACGUGAGAAGGUGUUGGUAUUAUCUGAAAGGAACCAAUGCCCAGUCCAUUAUUUGAAUGAGAGUUUGGACUAUCAGGAGGAGUUAAAAAGGUUGAAUGAGGAUCUACAGUGGAAGAGUGAUGAUGUGAUCAGCCGUCAUGCAGCUGCAACCAAAGAGCCUGAAGAACUUUCUUAA